GGUGAUGUGUGCUUUGUGAGACCUGUCCCAAUCACCAUGCCCCACAUUUCACCGCUGCGCUUUUUUGCGUUUGGAUCCCAUGGAUAGUAGAGACUAGAGACAGUCGGACCUGCUCUGGCCACUCUGAUUUCUCUUCCUCUUCCUUCUGGUGGGAUCUGCAAUGACUGUGGUGACCAGAACUGUGGUAGACCCUUGCAAGGUAGUCAUGAAGUUCGGAGUCUCCAUUUUCCGCAGGGGCUUCAACUCCUCCAAAUGCAAAACAAUGGCGAAACUGGCGACGGCAAGGAUAAAGCUUCUGAGGAAUAAAAGAGAGGUAGUAGUGAAGCAGAUGAGGCGAGACGUGGCUUUGCUUCUCCAGUCUGGCCAGGAUGCAACCGCAAGGAUCAGGGUUGAACAUGUGAUAAGAGAGGAGAAUAUUAUGGCAGCAAAUGAGAUCAUUGAACUAUUCUGUGAAUUAGUUGCGGUGCGACUUCCAAUCAUUGCAAAGCAAAGGGAAUGCCCAGCAGAUCAGAAAGAAGGAAUCUCUAGCUUGAUAUUUGCUGCUCCAAGGUGCUCAGAUAUCCCAGAACUACCCCAACUAAGAAAUAUUUUUGAAAAGAAAUAUGGAAAAGAGUUUGUAACUGCAGCAACAGAUUUACGACCUAACUGUGGUGUGAAUCGCACGCUGAUUGAGAAGCUGUCAGUCAGAACACCUACUGGUGAAGUAAAGUUGAAGCUUAUGAAGGAGAUAGCUAAGGAAUACCAUAUAGAGUGGGAUAUGACACAGUCGGAGAAGGAGCUUCUCAAACCUCCUGAGGAGCUUAUAGAGGGACCACGUACAUUUGUCAGUGCAACCAGCAUGCCUGUGAAGCCUAUAUCACCACAAGUUGUUGAGCUGCCUACUAACAGAUCUACUAAUGAUGGAGAAAGAGGUGGAGAUAAUACCACCAUGCAGUUUAAGAGCACAGCUUCAGCUGCUCAAGCAGCUGCAGACUGCGCAAAGAAAGCAAUUGCUGCUGCAGAAGCUGCUGCAUAUCUAGCCAACAAGAACUCUCAUCAGCCAGUCGGUUUUGAUCAUGUUAUAAAUGGCUUCAACAAUCUAAAAGCAAGCGAUUCCACUGGUGCUUUUUCCAUGUCAAAUGACCUUCCGGUAGAUUCUGAGAGGCACAGUGGUGGUCAACCAGAGCCUCCUGGGGGAUUAUAUGCAUCAGAGAGUUUCAACAGGUCGUAUUCCUUGCAUCAUGAGAGGAGUGAUGAUCCUAAAGAUUUAAAUGGGGGAAAUGUUUAUAGGAGGCACAGCUACAAUGUCCCUUCUGCACAUACAGAUAUAAAGUUUGAUGACUCAAAUGGGUUAGAUUCAGACUAUGAUGAGGACAUCCAGGUAGAAACACCUACAGGUGGCAGCUUUCCACCACGCCAUCAGCCUCCACCCGCACCUCCAUCUAACUCUUGUCAGCCUGGUGAUAAGAUGGGAACAGAUUACGCAGUUUCACAUAUACAUGAUCUGGCUCCUCACCUUCAUCCUAAACUGCCAGAUUAUGAUGCACUUUCUGCUCGCUUUGAAGCUCUUAAGUUACGAAGAUCAUGAACUGAGAUUUUAGUUUGGUCAUAUAGUUGUGUCAAUUUUUUGUCAUAUACAUUGAGUAAAAAGUAUGGAGGCAAUUUGGUAUUGAGUUUGCCUUUAGUGCAGUAGUCCCUAUAGCUUUGAUUUAAGACUCAAUCAUACUGGAUCUAUUG